GUUUCCCAAACCCAGCGAGCCCAUUGGCUGCGGCCCCCGAGGGGCCGCUGGGUGCUGCGCAGGGGCCGAAGGGACCUUUCAAGUCGCGGAGGACAGACACCUGCGAGGAGGACUGCGUGUCCCUGAGAAGCAUGACGACGAGCACGUGUCAGGAUUCGGGCGGAGCCGGCCCGGAGGGGUUCGUGGAUAUAUUGGAGGAGAGGAGGCUCAGCAGUGACCUCGGCCACGCCCUCAGGACCUUCAGCCCCAGCCCUUACAAAGGAGGCCCGUCCUGCUCGGCGACCGACCUCCCCAAAAUCGUGCUGGAGUCCCAGUAUCUACGCUACGUGUUCAAGGAGAUCGCCGCGGAGACGGGGUGCUCGCUGGAGGAGGUGAGAGAGGACGCGUCUGUGAUUCUGGAGGAAAUGUCUCAGAACCUGCAGCUGGGCUUCAUCCGGCUGAUGGGCUACGUCUUCUCCAAAGUGUUCAAGAGACUCUUCACCAGCAUCAACGUCAACAUAGAGGGACUCAACGCGCUCCAACAAGCCAUACAGGAGACUCCUGUGAUCCUGAUGCCCAAUCACAGGAGCUACGUGGACUUCCUGGUCAUCUCCUACAUCAUGUUCACCUACGACAUCCCGGUGCCUGUUAUUGCUGCGGGAAUUCCUCUGGCAGGGAUGAAGAUCGUCGGAGCGAUAAUUCGUCGCUCGGGAGCAUUCUUUAUCCGACGCGCCAUCGGCUCCGACAAACUGUACUGGGCCGUGCUGUCCGAGUACGUCAGAACCAUUAUCAAAAAAGGGUUCGCGCCUCUGGAGUUUUACGUUGAAGGCCUGCGGAGCCGCACGCUGAAGUCCCUGAUGCCCAAGCUAGGUAUGAUGCACAUGGUGCUGGAGCCCUACUUUAAAGGGGAAGUGUACGACAUCCAACUGGUCCCCAUCAGCAUCAGCUACGACCGAGUGCUGGAGGAGUCGCUGCUCGCCCACGAGUUACUGGGCGUCUCCAAACCCAAAGAAAGCACCACGGCUCUGCUGAAGGCCAGCAAAGUGCUCCAGGACGAUUACGGCGUCAUGCAUGUGAACUUCUGCCGUCCCAUGUCCGUCCGACGUUUGUGUCGGGGCAAGAUAAACCUCCGCCAGUACAACCUCACACCUAGAGAUCUUCCUCAGAAGCCCAGCGCCGAGGCCGAGGCCUGCGUGAGCUGGCUGGCUCAUCUGACGGUCCGCAUCCAAGAGGAGGGCUCUCUGAUCAGCCCGUGGUCUCUGAUGGCCUGCCUGUUGCUGCAGGCUCUGCCCGCCGUGUUAACCGAGCGGGGCCUGCCCUGGCAUCAGCUCACGGAAAAAACCAUCUGGCUCCGGAAGCUGGCGCUGGACUUCGGGGCUCGCCUGCACUGGCCCGGACAAGUCCCCGACCCGGAUGUGAUGUCGUCCGCCGUGGCUCUUCAUCACUCCGUGGUUCGCCGCGAAAAGGGGCGCGUCUUCUUGGUUCGGGAGAAAGAGCCCGAGAGGAAACGCCCCGUCGACCCCGAGGAGGACGUGACCGGGGCGGCGGCGGCGGUGCUGAUGGUGGCGUCCUACAGGAACCAGUCGGUGCAUCUCUUUGUGCGUCCCGCCAUGCUCGCGACAGCCAUGAGCGUCACAAAGACCGCGCAGAGAGACGAGCUGUUCGCCUUCUUCUGCUUCCUACGAGACGUCUUCUCCAACGAAUUCAUCUUCAUCCCCGGGAAGUCGUCUCAGGACUUUGAGGAGGCGUGCGUCCUCCUGAGGAAGUGUGGAGCGGUCCACAUCAGCGAACAGGAAGUGACGGCGUCGGCCGCGGGGCUGGAGGCGCUGUCCUUCCUGCAGGCUCUUCUGCAGCCCUUCAUCGACUCUUAUCAGGUGGUGUUCAGGUUCCUCUGUGAAGACGGAGUUCACGUGAUCGCCGAGAAACGGUUCCUACCCGCUGUGCGAAACCUGGCAACCAAGCUCAUCCUGUCAGGUGAGCUUCACACCUAUGAAGCCCUUUCAUCCGACAUGCAGAAGAACGUUGUGUCGGCCCUGCGGCGGCUGGACACUUUGGCGAAGCCGGAGUCGUCCGAGCAGAACGAAUACAGAGUGAACAAAGCGGCCGUGAGAAGAAUCAGCGACAUACUUUACGGGAAAAUCCCUCCUCAGAUGCUCCAGACGCCGCCUGACGCAAAACUUUAGCCUCCGCUGGAACGGAUCCAACUUCAGUAUCAGCUCGCCGGCCUGCUCGCCCUCGCUUGACCCUCUCCACUUCUCUCCUUACCCUCCGUGCCGUCAUGCAGCCGUCGGUCGAAUCGGCGCAUCUUAACUCUGCAUCCUCGAUACCAGUGGCCAGACUUAACCCCCCACACA